CCCACACAUUCCCCUUCCAGUACUUGAUACCUCUUCUCUCCUCCCAUUUUGCAGCCCGGACCUGACCUAUACCUCUAACCCUCACUCCUCCCGUGCGCUCAUUCCUUUUUUUGUGCAUUGCAUCCUUCCUCAGUUUUGUUUUUAUUUUUUUCGGUACCUUUAUCCCGUUAAUAUCUGUGAAGUACACUCAUGAAAAUCAUCGAUCGCAUCAAGAAGGGUCAGGAGGAGGGUCGCCCACUCUUCUCCUUUGAGUACUUCUCGCCCAAGACUGCCCAGGGCAUGGUCAACUUGCACGACCGCAUCGAGAGAAUGUGCUAUCUCGGCCCUGAGUUCAUUGACAUCACUUGGGGUGCCGGUGGCUCUCGUCCCGCUGCAACACUCGAGGUCGUCUCGAAUGCGCAGAAGGUCUACGGUGUCGAGACAUGUAUGCACUUGAUCUGCACCAGCAACCCUACGUCCAAGAUUGACAAGGCCCUCAGCGAGGCACGCGCCUGUGGUAACCAGAACAUCCUUGCCCUUCGUGGCGACCCACCCCACGGUCAGUCCGAGUGGUCUGCAUGCGAGGGUGGUCUGAACUAUGCUUCGGAUCUUGUCCGUUACAUCCGUGAGACCCAUGGCGAUUAUUUCGGCAUUGGUGUCGCAGGCUAUCCUGAAAAGCAUCCCGAAUCAGGCUCGAUGGAGGAAGAUCUGAUGCAUCUCAAGGCCAAGGUCGAUGCUGGUGCGGAUUUCAUUGUCACCCAGCUGUUUUUUGAUGUUCCCAUGUUCUUGGAGUGGGUCAAGAAAUGUCGCGCCAUUGGCAUCACCUGUCCUAUCAUCCCAGGUGUCAUGCCCAUCCAGGCGUACGCCAGUUUCAAGAAGAACAUUGUUGGCGUCAGUGUGCCCCAGUGGAUUCUUGAUGGCAUUGAACCCAUCAAGAAUGAUGACCAGGCCAUUCGUGCUUUCGGUGUGGAGGUCGGCAUCAAGAUGACUCUGGAACUGUUGCAGGGCGGCGCGUGUGGUAUUCACUACUACACGUUCAAUCUCGAGCGUAGCACUCGCUUGAUUCUCGAGGGCGCAGGUCUUGUCAACAAGACCGACUAUAUCAAAAAGAACAUGCCCUGGCGUUCGAGCUUCGAUGAAAAGCGCAAAGAAGAAUCUGUUCGCCCCAUCUUCUGGUCCAACCGCGCAAAGUCCUACAUCAGUCGCACGGAUAACUGGGACGAGUUCCCUAACGGUCGCUGGGGGGAUUCGCGCUCCCCUGCCUAUGGGGAUUUGGACCGCUACGGAGUGUACCUGAAAUACACGGCGGACGAGGCGAUCCAGCAUUGGGGAGCACCCAAUGAUGUCGAGGAUAUCUGCAGACUGUUCGUCAAGUACUGUCAUGGCGAGACCCUAACUUUGCCUUGGAGUGAUCAAACAUUGGCUCUGGAAUCGGGAACGAUCAAGGACCGCCUGGUCGAGUUGAACUCGUUGGGUUACUUGACCAUUAACUCGCAGCCUGCAGUUAAUGGCGCCAAGAGCGACGACAAGGUUUUCGGAUGGGGACCCAAGGGUGGCUAUGUCUACCAGAAGGCUUAUCUCGAGUUCUUCGUCGCGCCUGAGACGCUAGAGAAAUUAAAGCAGCGUAUGUCCAAGUUCCCUAACUUUACUUACAUGGCGAUCAACAAGGCAGGCGAUCUGCAUACCAACACCAACGGCAGUAAGCCCAACGCUGUCACCUGGGGCGUCUUCCCUGGUCGCGAGGUCGUGCAGCCGACCAUUGUGGAGCUCUCGAGCUUUGACGCGUGGAAGGAUGAAGCAUUUGCGCUGUGGGAGCAGUGGUCGAGAUGCCACCCCCAGGACACCAAGCCUCGUAACUUGUUGAGUGAUAUAGCUCAGACCUGGUACCUGGUCAACAUUGUCAACAAUGACUAUCACGAGAAGGACGGCAUCUUCGAGUUGUUCAAGGACGACGUAUUGGCGUUCCAGGUCCAGCAGACUGCUGCGAAUGGUGUUGCUAAUGGCAUUGCUAAUGGCGAUGCCAAAGCUCAUACUGAGGCAAACGGCGCUGUGGACGAACUCUCGGUCAAGCUGAAGAAGAAUGCUAUCAACGGUGUUGAGAAGGUCAAAGCGCCAGUUUAUGAGGAGAGCGCGAUCCUUUCUCCUAGCGUCGAAGCCGCUGCUAUUGCCCAACCCCUCCGCGUUUAAGACUCUGAAGCGCUGUUAGGACAGGAAGCCGUAUAACAGGAACAAAGAAGAGGACAUCAUGGAUUAGGAUAUCUGGACGAUGAGCGGUGGUCGCUUCAUUCCAACCUGGAUGGAGUUCCAUCUCACGUUAGCCUUCACCUCGGUCUCGUGUUUCUUUCGAUUUGUUCCUGACUUGGCUGGCUUCUUUUCAAUCUUUUCUUGUUCAUCCUCCCUUUUACACAGUCAUCUCUCUUCACCGCCCUCUCCAUUAUUUUUAAUUGCCUGUUCAACACAGGACUCAUCUUUUCUCCGUUGCUAUUCUGCCUUUUCCCUCGUUACAGUAUUGUAUUUUUCCCUGUAUACCUAUGACGCUUGUUCAACACACCUGUACAUACAAACAUACACAUUCUCGACAGAUCUUUGAGCUUUUAUUAAAACCGUUCAGUCGACU